AUGUCAAAUAAAGAAAUCAGUCUUCAUAAUAAAGACAGUGUUAAUUACGAAGCGGAGUUAAAAAAAGUCGAUUAUGAUGAAUUAUUAUCAAGUGCUGGGCAGUUCGGACGAUUCCAGAUUUUAUUAUUUCUUGCAAUGUUCCCAGCCCACAUAUAUUCAUCAUUUUCUUACUUCUCACAACUUUUCAUGACUGAGGUUUCUCCAAGCCACUGGUGCUGGAUACCAGAACUUGAAAAUUUGACUGUAAUUGAACGAAGAAAUUUGGCUAUACCCGUGGAUGCUAAUUCACAAUAUGGAUAUUCGAGGUGUCAAUCGUACAUCGCGAAUUGGAGUGAGGUUCUAAGUUCAGGACUGAAGCCAAACACAACUUGGCAAAUUCAAUCUUGCCAACAUGGUUGGGAGUUCGACAAAACGGAAAUUCCAUAUCCAACUAUAUCAAGUGAGCUUGGAUGGGUAUGUGAAAAAGAUAGUUAUCAGGCGACAGCUCAAGCAGUAUUUUUUGUUGGAUCGACCGUAGGUGGAUUUUUGAUUGGCUGGAUAUCUGACAAAUAUGGUAGGAUCCCAGCAUUGGUAACGAGUAACUUAAUAAUUUUUAUUGGUGGUAUCCUAAGCGUAUUUGCUACCGAUUUAUUGCAAUUUUCUGCCUGUCGGUUUUUAGUUGGAAUGGGAUAUGAUAACUGUGUUAUGAUGAUGUAUCUCCUUUUGGUAGAAUAUGUAGCACCUAAAUAUAGAACUAUUGUAGCGAAUUUACCAGGUGCUAUAUUUUACACCAUAGGUGUAACUGCAUUGCCCUGGAUCUGCUUAGCGUGUGGUCACUGGAAGACGAUAAGUAUAACUACAAGUGUUCCUAUGUUAUUAGUUAUAUUAGCUCCAUUUGUAUUACCUGAGAGUCCAAGGUGGCUACUUUCAAAGGGCCGUGUAAAUGAUACUAUAGAUAAAAUCAAAGAUAUCGGUAAAGUAAAUGGAAAAGAAGUUCCCCAACAAAUUAUCGAUAAUUUUAUUAAAACAAAUGAAAAUAAAGAGAUACAAGAAAAAUACAGUUGCAUGAUAAUUCUUAAACAUAAAGUUUUAAGAAAAUCUUUCAUUUGUAUGUGCAGCUUGUUUAUGUUGUGCAUGAUAAUAUUUGAUGCUUUGAUUAGAACUAUCGGAGCAUUAAAAUACGACUUUUUCCUGUCAUUUACAUUUGUGUCAUUCACUGAAUUUCCGUCAUUGCUUAUAAUUUCCUUUAUUUUAGAUUUAACUGGUAGAAAAUGGUUGACAAUUGUUGCGCUGAUUCUUACUUGUGUAUUAAGCGUCUUGUCUACAUUUGUAGGCGAGGGUUUACCACCUGUAAUGUGCAUUGUGCUCGCUCGGUUUUGUGUAAAUUUUGCUAUUAAUGCGAGUAUGCAAUGGACAACUGAAAUUCUACCGACACCUGUUAGAGGGUCGGGUAGUUCGAUUGUCCAUAUUUGUAGCUAUGUUUCUAGCGUUAUAUCUCCUUAUAUUGUGUACCUACAAAAUUACGUUAUAUGGCUUCCUCACAUCAUUAUAGGGGGCAUUGCGUUAUUGGGGGCAAUUUGUGCUUUUAUGUUGCCAGAGACAGCUAACAAAGAAAUGCCACAUACGCUUAAAGAUGCUGAGGAUCUUGUAAAUAACCAAAUUCUGUUUGAUAUACCCUUUCUACGUAAAGAAAAAGUUGAAAAAGAAGGUAAAACAAACCCGUCAUUUGAUAUGAAGUAG